AUGCAGUCUGGUCGGAAUGCCCUGCACUGGGCUGCUCGAGAGGGCCAUGUUGCGGCGGUCAAUAAGUUGAUGGAGUGGGAUCCCAAACUGAUCGACGCACGCAACGAGGUAACAGAGCACACCCAUGUCUCUGACGUUCCAGUGUGCCGAUUGUGUGUGUGUGUGUGUUGAUUGCAGCAUGGCACCACGCCAUUCAUCAAGGCUGCCAACAAGGGUCAUGUCGAUGUGAUGAAGGCCCUGUAUGCCAUACGAAAGGACCUGCUGACACAGACCGACAACGUGAGACAACACAGUCUUCUCUCAUCUGAUUGAUUGCCUUACUUUGUGUGCAUGACACACACAGUUUGGACACACGGCACUCCAUUAUGCUGCAGGCAUGGGCGAAUCUGCGGCUGUGUCUCAGCUGUGGGCGACACAGAUGACUGACUGACGCGAAUGUCUCAUCCACUCUCUCUCUCUCUCUCUGUGUGUGUCAUUCUCAAAGGCUCGAGUGGGGCGGCGGUGCUCUGCUGGACAUCAAAAACAUAUUUGUGAGUGCCCACACAUAUUCCCACCAUCGAUGGGCUGAGUGGUGUGCUCAUCUCAUCUCAUGACAACAGGGGGACACGCCCUGGGACAAGGCGGAGGGCAAGCCGGAGAUCAGAGAGAUCAUGCAGAAGUACAAGCGCUAGGUUCUUCUGGUUUGAUGUUUUUGUGAAGUGUGUAAGGCCUUUCGUCUGUCCAGUCUGUGUGCGUGUUGGGGAGGGGGGAGCUGAUAGACGCCAGACUGCCCCUCUUGUCGUGUGUGUGUGUUUGGAUGGUCGGCUGCCUGAGUGCACAGCAGGUGCUCCUCGGUCAACUGAGCCCAUUGCAGCCAACACAGACGCGGACCUUUGAC